AUGUCUCGUUCAACCAACAGAAGACAAGAAAACCAUAAAAUAAGCAGAGAUCUCUUCGUCCUCACCUACGGAGCCCUGGUGGCUCAGCUUUGCAAGGACUUUGAGAAGGAUGAAGAUGUCAAUCAGUAUCUGGACAGGAUGGGAUACAGCAUUGGAGUGCGGCUGGUGGAUGACUUCUUGGCUCGUUCCUGCGUGCGAAGGUGCCGCAGUUAUUCGGAAGUGGCAGACCUGAUCGCUCAGGUGGCUUUCAAGAUGUACCUGGGGAUCACGCCCAGCGUCACCUGUAGCAGUCCAACAGCGAAUGAGUUUUCCCUCAUCUUGGACAAGAACCCUCUGUCAGAUAUCGUGGAGGAGCUUCCGGCGGGGCGGUCUGGACUUUGCUACUGCAGCCUGCUGUGUGGAGCCAUACGAGGGGCACUGGAAAUGGUCCACCUAGCAGCCAGCGUCACAUUCCUGCAGGACAGGCUGAAGGGCGACAAUGUGACCGAGAUCGGCAUAACCUUCCUGAAGAAGCUGGAGGAGAAGAGGCGGAGGCGGAACAAGUGAGCGAGGGC